AUGAUUUUCAAGCCGUCCGCAUCAGCGACCGCAUCGAAUGCUCUGGUCAAGGUUCGCCCUUUCCUCCCUGGAUCCAUACCAUAUAGUUUGGUUCCACUAACAUGGGUGGGAAUUAAAGGAGGCUGGGACCCGGAGACAGGCGAAUUCCACAAAGAAAUCAACGCGCAGAUCGACCAGGCGUUCGCGAACGUGGAUCUGGCGCUCAAGACGGCCGGCGGGAAGGGCUGGGCGCAGGUGUAUCGGGUGAACUCGUAUCAUGUGCCGAUUAAUAAUGAGGCGUUGGAGGCGAUGGUGAGGAAUUUUAGGAAGUGGAUGCCGGAUCAUGAGCCGUUGUGGACUUGUGUGGGGGUCACGAGGUUGGGGGAGGAUGAUAUGAGGGUUGAGAUUGAGGUUGUGGCGCAUGAUCCGAAAUAG